AUGGCCGGCUGCAGCCCCGAGGAGAAAACUUACCGGCGCUUCCUGGAGCUAUUCUUGGGCGAGUUUCGCGGACCGUGCGGCGGCGGCGAGCCCGAGCCGGAACCCGAACCCGAGUCGGAGCCCGAGCCCGAGUCCGAACUGGUAGCGGCUGAGGCGCCCGAGGCUUCGGUUGAGGAACCCGGGGAGGAGGCGGCCACUGUAGCCGCGACGGAGGAGGGGGAGCAAGAGCAGGAGCAAGACCCCGAGCCCGAGGAGGAGGUGGUGGCGGCGGAGGGCGAGGAGGAAGAGGCGGCGGCAGCUCGGGGGCAGUCGGCCGUGCCACCGCCGCCGCAGCCCCAGCUGCCGCCGCUGCCCCCGCUCCCGCGGCCGCUGUCGGAGCGCAUCACCCGCGAGGAGGUGGAGGGCGAGAGCCUGGACCUGUGCCUGCAGCAGCUCUACAAAUAUAACUGCCCUUCCUUUUUGGCUGCUGCUUUAGCCAGAGCCACAUCAGAUGAAGUCCUUCAGAGUGAUCUUUCUGCACAUUAUAUUCCAAAGGAAACCGAUGGCACAGAGGGGACUGUGGAGAUUGAGACAGUGAAAUUGGCCCGUUCUGUCUUCAGUAAACUACACGAGAUUUGCUGCAGCUGGGUGAAAGACUUCCCUCUCCGCAGGAGACCCCAGCUUUAUUAUGAGACAUCAAUCCAUGCCAUCAAAAACAUGCGCAGGAAAAUGGAGGACAAACAUGUCUGCAUUCCUGACUUCAAUAUGCUCUUCAACCUAGAGGACCAGGAAGAACAAGCUUACUUUGCAGUGUUUGAUGGCCAUGGGGGAGUGGACGCUGCCAUUUAUGCCUCCAUUCACCUGCAUGUUAACUUAGUACGCCAGGAGAUGUUCCCCCAUGAUCCUGCUGAGGCCCUGUGCCGGGCCUUCCGGGUCACUGACGAGCGGUUUGUACAGAAGGCAGCCAGGGAGAGCUUAAGAUGCGGGACCACAGGAGUGGUGACUUUUAUCAGAGGCAACAUGCUACAUGUGGCCUGGGUAGGUGAUUCCCAGGUUAUGCUUGUGAGAAAGGGCCAAGCUGUUGAACUAAUGAAGCCACACAAACCGGACAGAGAGGACGAAAAGCAGCGAAUUGAGGCCCUUGGAGGUUGUGUAGUCUGGUUUGGUGCCUGGAGGGUGAAUGGAAGUCUGUCGGUCUCCAGAGCUAUUGGAGAUGCUGAACAUAAGCCAUAUAUCUGUGGGGAUGCAGAUUCUGCCUCUACUGUUCUGGAUGGAACUGAAGACUACCUCAUUCUGGCCUGUGAUGGCUUCUAUGACACCGUGAACCCUGAUGAGGCAGUGAAAGUUGUGUCUGAUCACUUGAAGGAGAAUAAUGGAGACAGCAGCAUGGUUGCCCACAAAUUAGUGGCAUCAGCUCGUGAUGCUGGGUCAAGUGAUAACAUCACUGUUAUUGUGGUAUUCCUGAGGGACAUGAACAAAGCUGUAAAUGUUAGUGAGGAAUCAGAUUGGACAGAGAACUCUUUUCAAGGAGGGCAAGAAGAUGGUGGGGAUGAUAAGGAGAAUCAUGGAGAGUGCAAACGCCCUUGGCCUCAGCACCAGUGCUCAGCACCGGCCGAUCUAGGCUAUGAUGGGCGUGUGGAUUCGUUCACUGAUAGAACUAGCCUGAGCCCAGGGUCCCAAGUCAACGUGCUGGAAGACCCAGGCUACCUAGAUCUCACACAAAUAGAAGCAAGCAAACCUCACAGUGCCCAGUUUUUGCCGCCAGUUGAGAGGUUUGGUCCUGGUGCACCAAAGAAGGCAAAUUUUAUUAAUGAGCUAAUAAUGGAGAAAAAAUCAGUUCAAUCAUCAUUGCCUGAACGGAGUGGUGCUGGAGAGUUUCCCUCUUUUAAUUUGGGUUCAACAGGGCAGCAGAUAUGCAGAAUGGAGAGCUUCUCUCCUGUUUGUUCUAGGUUGGAAAAUGAACAGUUCAAAUUCCUGGGAAAGAGAGUUUCUAGAUUGUAUCGUUUACACUACCACUUCUCAAAGAGGCGGCACGGAUUCAGAUUUAAUCCAAAGUUUUAUUCUUUUCUCUCUGUUCGAGAGCCUUCCCACAAAACAGGCACUAGCCUGUCCUCACUUAUUCGAAGUGGGAAGAGAAAUAGGAUGUUAAGAAGUUCUCUGCCAUGGAGACAAAACAGUUGGAAAGGGUACAGUGAAAACAUGAUGGGGAAGCUUAAAAAGAGUAAUGCUAUUCCAUACCCAGCUCUUCCCUGGAGUUUUAAAAUAUAAUAAAUAACCUUCUCUUUAAAGUAGGCUAGCUAGCUCUCCCCCAGUAAAGACAUCACUAUCAGAGUAGA